CGCGCGAACACUCAUGCAAUGAGAGAAACAACCUUUUACCCUCUCACAAUGAAACCUCCAAUGAUUCGCAUCCAGACAACUACAAGCUUUUUCUUUUGAGACGCAGAGGGAAAUACAACGAAGCAGCAAACGCCCAACCCCAGGGAUCUUGGAAAACGCACCGAAAACGGCAAACGACAAACAUGGCACAUGCAAUCCACACGACGUGCAGCAUUGCCUCGUCCUCUUCCUCCACCUCCCAUCAUUCCACAAUAGCCAACGAAGUCUCACCAUCCUCCUCCCCAGAAACCCACAGCACGAAAUCUCUCCUCCCCAACUCGUCCUCAACCCCCACCAACCUCACUUACUCGCAAAACAAAAAACCAGAACCCAAGCCCAAGUCCAAGACCAAGAAAAAGACCGGCAAGCCCCUCCAUAUCCUUAAAUCUCUCCCCCGCAAGCUCCUCGAACCUCUCAAAUCCAUCUUCUCCCACCCACCACCCUCCACCUCCCCCAAAUCUCAAGCCAAACCUCGAGCGAAAGCAACAACGGACCCCAAGACCGCAGAGGAACAACAAGAAGGAAAUAAAAGUGAAAGCGGUGCAGUGAUCCGCACGUACCCCAGCACAAAAGUACGGUGUAUGCGUCUCAGUGAUCGGGAUAGCGAGGGGAGAGAAACUGUCAGGAGGGGGACGAUGAGGUGGAGUGGGGCGUGGGAAGGUGAGGAAUGGGGGAAGGGACGGGCGGGGUUUUUGAUGGGUUUGGAGGGGAAAGGGGGACGUGGAAGUGAAAGCAAGUAG